AUGCUCGCUGUCCUGCUCCUCAUCCUCUCCAUCGCGCCCGCGACCCUCGCGUCGUGGGCCGUCGCGGACCCGCCCACCCGGCGCGCGGCCACGCCCCCGGCUCGUCUCUUCCGCCGUGACGGCGACGGUGGGCCCAUCUGGAUCAUGGGCUCGCAGAACCCCAUCGCGGUGACGCGUCUUGACCCGAUUGUCGACCCGGGCAAGGUCGGAGGACACGUUCACUCCAUCUUUGGAGCGUCCAACUUUAGGAGCACCCUCCUCGAGCCCGGAGAGCAGCAGAAAUCGGCCUGCACCAACGUCAAGGUCCACGCCGACAAGUCCAACUACUGGUUCCCGCUCAUGUACUUCCACAACGCCAACGGCACCUUCUCGGCCGUCGACCACAGCUCGCACAUCUACUACUUUGGCACCAACAACGGGGCCAAGAUGCACGCGUUCCCUCCGGGCCUCCGCAUGAUUGCCGGCCUCGCCAAGACGCGCAGCCCUUGGGACAUUCGCGCGCAGGGUCACUCGCUCGACGCGUACUUUGACUCGGCGUCCAACGUCCCCGGCAUCAUCAUGAAGUUCCUCCCGAACUCCACCACCCACCGGGACCCGCCCAAGGUCAUCGACCUGGCUCUGACCUUCCCCUCGUGCGGCUGGGCCAACCAGUCGCUCGACUCGUGGGACCACUUCUCCCACAUGACCUGGCCCAUCCGCGUGUACAACGACGGCACGACCGACAUUGACCCCCGUGGUGAUGUCUGCCCCGACACCCACCCGAUCAAGUACCCCAUCAUCCACUCGGAGAUGCUCUACAACAUUGACCAGAGCAUGCAGGACCAGUGGGGCAAGACUGGCACGUCCGAGUUUGUGCUCUCCAACGGCGACACCACCGGUCUGACCUACCACGGUGACUUUGUGUCUGGCUGGGACGUCGACAUCUUGAAUCAGGCUCUCGGCUCGUGCCGCGUCGGCGACGAGAUCCAGAACUGCCCCGCGUUUGCAAACUACGACCAGUGGGAGAAGGACAUGUGUCUCCUCGAGGGCGAGAUUGUCGACGAGGACGUCGGCUACUUCCGCCCCAUCGACAAGAUCCCGGGCUGCAACCCCUACUGGGGCUGGGAUGGCCCUGACGACAAGCCUGGCGACUGCAGCGGCCCCAACCCCGGCUUCGUGGCUCCAAACCUCCAGCUUGGUGCCGCCAGGAUCCCAUACGUUAUCCCCGGCUUUGACACGAACACGUACAACCUGUCCGACCCCAACUGUGUGGUCGCGUCGUGCGGCCUUGUGCCCUCGAAGAAGUGGGCCCUGACCCUCAAGCCGCGCAGCACCAACUUUACCUACUUUGGCGUCACAACGCAGAUCGAGCACGGCACCCAGGACGACGUCAACGCCAAGGCUAACUCGCCCAACACCCAGUCCCUCCCGCUCAACGCCAACGCCGCGCUGUUCGCCUUCAAGGGCACGCAGGGUACCCCGACCGCUGCAGGCGACCCCAAGGGUGUGGUCGGUACCAGCUACCCUUACCAGACCAAGUGCAACGAGAUCAAGUACUGGAACGGUGCGACGUGCUCAACUGCCCCGCAGCCCAAGGGCCCACAGAACCCUCCCGUCAACCCGGCACUGCUCAAGGCGGACCCAAAUGCCCCGGCCCCGACCCCCGCAGCGACGCCAUCACCCACGGCAUCGCCCAUCGCCGGCGCCAAGGUUAACCUUGCCAAGAUCGACGCCCAGGGUACCACGAGCACCGCGGCCACGACUGGCACCGCCGUCGCCACGGGUGCUGCGGCAGCUGCCGCGGUCAACACCACGACGUCGGCACCAGUCUUCUCUGGCACGCCGUGGUCCAACUCGACGUCUCUCAGCGCCUCCAGCACUGCGUCCGAAUCGGCCUCGAGCACCUCCUCGAUCACCAAGCCCGCUGCCAGCCCCACGGCGUCGCCCGGCAGUGCCUUCCUCCUCGCCGGCCACAACGCGACCAGCGAGUCGGUCGAGCCGAGCGGCAGCGCUCUCCCCGCCUCUGUGUCGGUCUCGGCCAUCCCGACCGUCUCGAACGGCACGGUCCCCGUUGUUCCCCCUACUACCAGCGCCUCUGCGACCAUCAACGCCGCGGCUAAGCCCAGCGCCAAGCCCGGCCGCUGUCGCCCCAAGGCGCGCCCCAACCGCCGCUCGCGCCUUUAA